AUGGCAGAUAAAACUUUAAAUAGUGUAAAUAGUGACUACCGUCUUCCUUGGAUUAAAUAUGAAAAUAUAUUUAAAAUUGUAAAAUUAAAAGAAGAUUUUGAAUCAUACCAAAAAUAUUUGGUUCGUUGUAAAUAUUGUGUAUCAACUAAAUUAUUAACAGCAGACACAAGGACAUGUUCAAAUCUGUUAAAACAUUUAGAAAUGCAACAUAAAAAUGUUUGGACUUCGAAAAACGACGAGACUGUCGAGACUCAAACCAAAUUGAAGAGAACAAGUGAUUAUGUUACAGAAGAAACAAAUGAGAGCUUAAAUUUGGUGAAAGAAAAGAAAUCAAAAGUUACUACUAUAUUAGAUUUUUCUAGAAAAAAUACUUUGACAUCUCAAAAGGAGUUAAAUUUGAUGAUUCAAAAUCUAGUCAUUAAUGCUUCAUUGCCAUUUAAUUUAGUGGAGCAUGAAGACUUUAAAAAAUUGAUAACAGUUGGAUAUAAUGGUUGCCAUGUAUUAACAAGGAAAACAUUGAUGAAAAAUAUAACUGUUCAACAUGAAAAUCUCAUACUUACAAUGAAAGAUGCAUUUUCCAAAGUCGAAUAUUUGACCACAACAGCUGAUUGUUGGUCUAUUUUUAAAAGGUCAUAUUUAGGAUUGACAUGCCAUUGGAUUAAUCCAAAAACUCUUGAAAGAGUAUCUUGUUUGUUGGCCAUUAAAAGAAUAAAGGGUAGUCAUACGUACGAUAUAUUAGCUAAAGAAAUGGAAUCAGUAUAUUUGUACUUUAAUAUUAGUGAUAAAGUCAUAUAUACAACUACUGAUAACGGAUCAAAUUUUGUCAAAAGUUUCCAAAUGUUUGGUCAAUCUUCAGAGGUUCAAGCUGUUUAUAAUAACCAAAAAGAUAAAGAAAUACUUAGUUCUUUGGAAGAAAUGAACGAAGAGGAAAAUGUACAUGACAAUAAUGGGGAAAGUAAUAUUGAAGAAGAACAAGAAGAAGACAUUGAGUUUUCUAGUAUACCAAUUUCUGAAGUUCUAAAUAAUGAAGAAUUUAGUUUAAACCAACAAAGCAAUUCUAAUUGGGAAGACACCUUACUGUAUAAUUUGCCCAAACAUCACCGAUGUGCUUCACACACCCUCAAUUUAAUCGCUACAGCUGACAUUGAAAAGGCUUUAAAAGGUUAUGAUGACAAAAAUGUAACCAACAGAUGUUUAUUGGGAGCCUAUAAAAAGCAAAGCAGACUAACAUUUGCAAAAUGUCAAGCUAUUUGGAACAAACAGAAUCGUUCUAGUCAAAUGGCUGACAUAGUGAAAACCAAUUUGGAUGUAUACUUAAAAACUCCUAAUGAUACCCGUUGGAAUUCCUGGUUUGAUGCUAUAAAAUUUCUUAUUAUUCAUUUUAAAAAAAGCCCUUCUAAAUUUUACAAGAUAUGUGAUGCCCUUACAGUUAAUCGUUUUUCUAAAACCGAUAUAGAAUUUUUGGAGGAGUAUUUACUAGUAAUGGAGCCUCUGUGUGUGUGUCUAGAUGUAUUACAAGGGGAAAAACAUAUGUAUUUUGGUUACUUAUUGCCAUCUAUCACAUCACUCAAACAAAAAUAUGAUGAUUUACUAUCGGAAAAAAAAUUAAUUUUUUGCGAUUUUCUGGUUAUUUGUCUUAAGAAUAGUGUAGAAAAACGUUUUAAUAAACAGCUCAGUGAUCCAUUUUUAUUGUCUGCUACACUUUCUCAUCCAUACUUCAAAACGGCUUGGCUUAAUAAUAGCGAUAAAAAAGAUACAGCUUUAUCAUUUUUUAAGCACUCAUGUUUAGAAAUGUUUGAGCAACAAAAUUUAUUGGAAUGUGAAUCAUCAGACAGUGACGAUACAAAUAAUUUUUUUGAUUGGUCAAAAAAUAAAUCGAAAUUAACUCUACCUUUGGAACAGGAAAUAUCAAAUUUUUUUACCAAAAGUCCAACUAAAAGCUUAGAUUCUUUAAUUGAAACUCCAACAAUAAGAAAAGUAUUUGUAAAAUUCAACACACCACUGCCAAGCAGUGCAGCUGUAGAACGUGUCUUUAGUGUUGGUAGUGCCGUAUUGACUAAAAAAAGAGGAAGAAUGACAGAUGAAAACUUCGAAAAAACAUUAAUGCUAAAAUGUAACAAACAUUUAAUUUGA